AUGGCGGCACAGUCUAUCGGCAUUCAGCCCUCAUCUAUAGGCUAUAUCUCCAAGGGCAUCGCCCUCUGCGGAAUAGGCCACAUCACCCGCGCGAGGGCAGCGUUUGACGUUGCAUCCGUGUACACGGACCAAGGUUCAGAAACAAUCCAUUUCCUGCUCUUAAUUAAGGCUAUUGCGCUCUUCAAUGCAGAUCAACAUGACGAGGCAAACCUGCUCCUAGAAGAACUCAUUAACGGUUGUCCGAAUACUGAUACUCGAGCAUGUCAUAUCGUUGAAGCAUAUCUACGUGUUCAACUCGUAAUAAAUGCCUUGGAUGGCGGACGUCACGACGAAGCUGCUGACUAUUUCACUGCUGCUCUCAACUCCAGCCAUAUAUCAGACAUUCAUGAAACUUACGAGGAUUUGAUCGUGCUCUUCGGCUGGAAUUUCAAAACCCUGUGGCUCACUGCACACCAGAAACGGUGCCAGGCUUUCCUUUCCUCAGGCAAAAUAGAUGAAGCUCUUGAAUCACACAAAUCUAUGAUGAAUACAGUCAACGAAACAACGGAGGCCGGCUGCCUCGACUGGUCCACCGCUUUAACCCAAGAAUGCAGUGCCCUUUUUCUCACCAACGGGGAUACUGCCCUCGCUGCAAGCGAUUAUGACAGGGCCAUUGAUUUAUACACGGCGGCGAUCGACCUAAUUUCUCCAUCUGAUGCUGUCUUUGCAAAUCGUAGUAAGGCAAAGUUGGGGAAAAUGUUGUGGAUGGAAGCACUUCUCGAUGCCCAGAAGGUCAUUCAACUCAACCCUUCGUCUCAUAUUGGAUACAAGUUGAAGCAUGCGGCGCUUCAUGGUGCCCAAAGCUAUGAUGAAGCGAUACAAGCUUUCCGAGUCAUGCUCUCGAAAUUAGAUGAUGCUCCUGACACUGAGACACGAAAGUUGCGCCAACAGUAUCUCAACUCCCGAAUGAAGCGCAUCAGAGAAGUGGUGAUUGCGUACUUCCGAUAUGCCAUGCUAUCGCAUAGGUGGGAAGGGAAGGAGCCGCUGCUGCAGGAUAUACAGGGCAAGGUCGUCUAUCAGUUGGAUCCGGUUGGUACCAUCACGAAGUUGCAGUCCUUCUGCAAAACUGCUCGUGAUUUGGGGUAUCGGUGGGCAUGGAGUGAUACAUGCUGCAUCGAUAAGAGCAACAAUGUUGAGCUUCAAGAAUCGGUCAACUCCAUGUUCGUCUGGUAUCACCAUUCCGCGCUCACGAUCGUAUACCUCUCGGAUGUUCCACCUUCAUCGGAGCCUGGCACGUUGGCAAAGAGCACUUGGAACACACGGGGAUGGACAAUCCAGGAAUUCCUCGCUCCCAACGUCAUUCUCUUCUAUCAGAAGGAUUGGACUCCUUAUCUUGGCGAUUGCACUCCCAACCACAAGGAUUCCGUCGCAAUCAUGCAGGAGUUGAAGGACGCGACGGGCAUAGAUCGACAAGCGGUUGUGGCCUUCCGUCCUGGGAUGAAAAACGCCCGAGAAAAACUUCAGUGGGCGUCGACACGUCAUACCACAUUGCAAGAAGACAUCGCGUACUCGUUAUCUGGCGUCUUUGGCGUCCGCCUGCGUGUUGAUUAUGGCGAGAGAAAACAAUACGCACUCGGGCGGCUCCUGGAGGAAAUCAUAGCUCAGUCGGGCGACAUUACUGCCCUGGACUGGAUCGGAAAGUCAUCAGAAUUCAAUAGCUGUCUACCAGCUGACAUCACUUCGUACAAAACUCCACUAUUCCAACUGCCACCUCCAUCCGAAGAUGAGAUUCAAUCGUCGGUCUCCUCGCUGCGAGGUGUUGUGGCUCUACAGUCGGCUUCGGAAUUAUAUCAGACACUUGACUACCUGAGCGCUCCCCGCUUUGGGCACCGCCGGUUGCAUCUGCCCUGCAUUGUAUUCCCGGUCACAGAAGCCAAGCGGAGGCCACAAGGUCACGACCAGGAUACAUAUACGUAUGAACUCAAGUCAGAUGGACUUCACAACCUGGAGAUCACCACGGAAGACAAGUUCACCUCGUUCUCACCCGCAAGACCUCUGCCCUCCUGGCAGACGAUCUUGCUCGUUCGUCCAUGGAAUCGUGAGCUCCUGGGGCUGCAUGAAGCUGCAGAUGAUACGCAGAGUGACAAUUGGUCCGUGCUCGAAUCUCCAUCGUACCCUUCGCACGCUGCACAAUCUGAGCCGAUUUAUUCGGAUUCUCACUUGCGACAAUUGCAAAUGAUUGUUCGCCUUGGACAGCCUUUUCAUGCAUUUUUGCUAGCACGGCAGCGCGACGGAGAAUUCAAGAGGAUUGCAUCAGAUCUUGAUAUCAUUGCACAGGUUAAAGACAUGGCUUCUAUCAACUACUUGAUGGACAUCAGGACACUAGAAGUACUGUAG